CGUCUUUCUUUUUGGAUCUCGAUGGAAAAUUUGCGUGGAAAGUGUCGAUUGGUCGAGUUGUUUUUUUCUCUCAACUUGUUUACUAAUUCUGGGUUUAAAUGGAUUAGAGUAUGGCGAUGGGUUUCUGAAAUUGUCUUUUUCUUAAUCUAGAACUUAAAAAUUUUCUGAUUUCCUCUUAUCGCGUUUUCUGAGUCGGUGACGGUUACGUGGUUGAAUCUUCAUCUUCUUUCAAAGACCAAGCGCCGCCUACCUUUAGGUUCAAAGCCGUUUGGUUAGCGAGAAAAUUCAAUAACUUUCCAGGAAAGUUUUCACCUUUGAGGCUAUAAUUGCCUGCUGUUAGGUCUCCUGACUCGUUUUGAAGGAAAUAUUUUUUGGGUUCUGAUUGAAACCUCAGAAGAGAAAAGGUUUGAAUCUUUGCUUUGGGUGUUGAUUUGACUGUAAAGGUUCGAUUGAACUAGGGUUUUGGUGAAAUUGAUGGGGGCAGGGGAUUCGAAGGAGAACUGGACGCAGGAUUCACCGUCGUCCUUCCGUUCAGCUUCAACGUCACAUAAUUCUGAACAAGGCUAUCCUCCUCCGCAAUAUGGUCGUCAAGAAAGCUACAGCUAUCCACCCCAACAAGCCUACGCAUCCAACUACGGUUAUCCUCAAGCGCCAUAUAGUCAGGAGGGCUAUCCUCCACAGCCAUAUCCUCCACCUUCCCAAAGUCAUGGCAAUGAUAGGAAGAAGCUGGAGCGGAAGUAUUCAAGGAUAGCUGAUAAUUACUCUUCUUUAGAUCAGGUGACAGAGGCCCUUGCACGUGCAGGUCUUGAAUCUUCCAAUUUGAUUGUUGGAUUCGAUUUCACCAAGAGCAAUGAGUGGACAGGAGCCAAAUCCUUCAACAGGAAAAGCUUGCAUUUUAUAGGCAAUGGUCAAAAUCCGUACGAACAAGCAAUCACCAUCAUCGGAAAAACAUUAGCUGCCUUUGACGAGGAUAACCUCAUCCCAUGCUAUGGUUUUGGAGAUGCAUCAACUCAUGAUCAAGAUGUGUUUAGUUUCUAUCCAGAAGGUAGAUUCUGUAACGGAUUUGAAGAAGUGUUGGCUCGGUACAGGGAAAUCGUUCCUCAACUUAAGCUUGCAGGGCCAACCUCGUUUGCCCCGAUCAUUGAAAUGGCAAUGACCAUAGUUGAGCAGAGUGGUGGCCAGUACCAUGUCUUAGUGAUAAUAGCUGAUGGGCAGGUUACAAGAAGCGUUGACACUGAACGUGGACAGUUAAGUCCACAGGAACAGAAGACAGUUGAGGCCAUCGUUCAAGCAAGUAAGCUUCCUCUGUCAAUUGUCUUGGUCGGGGUUGGUGAUGGACCAUGGGACAUGAUGAAGGAAUUUGAUGAUAACAUCCCCGCUCGAGCAUUCGAUAACUUCCAAUUUGUGAAUUUCACGGAAAUAAUGUCGAAGAACAGAGAGCAGUCCCGGAAGGAGACAAAGUUUGCACUUGAUGCUCUAAUGGAGAUUCCCUCACAGUAUAAGGCGACAAUAGAGCUGAACAUAUUAGGGCGGAGAAAUGGGAGUAUACCCGAGAGAAUUCCGCUACCACCUCCGAUGGAUGCAGCAAAACCUUUCCACAUGCCCAGUUUCAAAGCGAGUGUUCCUUCUUAUACGAGAGAAAGCAAGCCCGUUAGUAGUGCCCCGCCGGCCCCAAGCUCCUCAUACGAUAACCAGAUGUGUCCGAUAUGUCUGAGCAAUCCCAAGGACAUGGCCUUUGGUUGCGGCCAUCAGACGUGUUGCGAGUGUGCACCUGAUCUCCAAGUAUGCCCCAUUUGCCGCGCCCCCAUCCACACCAGGAUAAAGCUCUACUGACCCCUUUUUCUUUGUGGGAUCAAUCUCGUCUUUCUGUACAAAAGAAAAAGAUUCGUUUGUUCUUUCCUUCUGCUGGGAGUCGUGAUGAUGAUGUAUUGUAAUAACUCUUCUCCGUUAGUUUUUUUUUUUUAAUGGAAUGCUUAUCUAAGAUGUGAUGGUGGGUCCACGUCGUCAGUUGUUAAGGCCGAAGUCCACGUUUUUUUUUU